CAUGGCAGAGGCAGGCAAAAGGUCUCCUACUGCUGUUCCCCAGAACAUCUGUGAUGGGUCUCCUACUGGCGUUUUGUGUGGCAGGGAGGCAAACACAACCAAAGACGAAACCAGGGCGAACAACACCAGUUUGACGAACGCUUGCAGGAACGCGAUCGAACGGAAGAUUGUGUGGAGGUAAAAAUCAACACUGGAAGCAGACAUUAGGUUAGGCAUGGCUGAGGCAGGAUAUGGGUCUCCUACUGAUGUUCUCCUGAAGCUCGGUAAUGGGUCUCCUGUUGGAGUUUCAUGUGACAGAGAUGCAGGCAAUGGCGGAGAGCAGACAGCAAGCAAAAACAGUUCGGAAUGUGAACAAGAAGCACAUACUGGUGAAAAACCUUAUCUGUGUGAUGAUUGUGGUUACAGGACAUCCCGGAAAGACCACUUAUUCCAACAUAUGAGAACCCAUGCAGGUGAAAAACCCUACAAGUGUGACCAGUGUGAUUAUUCUGCAGCACGGAAAUCAACCUUAAACGAUCAUCUACUCAAACAUACCGGUGAGAAACCCUACAUGUGUGGGGAGUGUGGGUACAGGACAGCUGUAAGAUGUAACCUUUACAGACAUAUGAAAAUUCAUACCGGUGAAAAACCCUACAAGUGUGACCAGUGUGAUUAUUCUGCAGGACUGAAACAGCUUUUGGACAGACAUCUAGCGAAACACACCGGUGACAAACCUUUUAUGUGUGGGGAAUGUGGGUACAGGACAACUCAAAAGUCUGCCUUAUCCAUACACAUGAGAGCCCAUACCGGUAUAAAGCCAUACAAAUGUGACCAGUGUGAUUAUUCUGCUGCGCGGAAAAGUCAUUUGGACAUCCAUAUUGCAAAGCACUCCAAUGACAAACCCUUCAUGUGUGGGGAAUGUGGAUUCAGGACAAAUGAUAGGAGUUCCCUAUCCAGGCAUAUGAAAAUACAUACUAGUGAAAAAACCUUCAAGUGUGACCAGUGUGAUUAUUCAGCUGCAAGGAAACACCAUUUGGACAGACAUCUUGCAAAGCACACCGGUGACAAACCCUACAUGUGUGGGGAUUGUGGGUACAGUGCAACUCAAUGGUGUCACUUAUCCAAACAUAUGAGAACACAUACCGGUGAAAACCCCCACAAGUGUGACCAGUGUGAUUAUUCAGCUGCAAGGAAACACCAUUUGGACAGACAUCUUGCAAAGCACACCGGUGACAAACCCUACAUGUGUGGGGAUUGUGGGUACAGGGCAACUCAAUGGUGUCACUUAUCCAAACAUAUGAGAACACAUACCGGUGAAAAACCCUACACGUAUGACCAGUGUGAUUAUUCUUCGGCACAGAAAUCCACUUUGGACAGACAUCUUGUAGAAAACACUGAUGAGAACCCUAAAAGUGCCAAGUGCGACUCUUUUGCUUCACAGAAAUCCUCAUUGGAUAGACAUCUAGCAACACACACCGAUGAGAAAUCUUCAUGAGUGUAUACAGGACAAGUCAAACGUGUGACUUAUCUAAUCAUAUGCAAGCUCGCCGGAGUGAGAGGGAAUGUGACAAACCCUUUAUGUGUGGGUAGUGUGGGUAAACAACAACUCAAAAGUCUGAAUUAUCGAUAUCCAGACAUAUGAGAACCAAUACCGGUGAAAAUACCCUACAAAUGUGACCAAUGUAAUUAUUCUGCUGUAAACAGAAAACUACAUUUGACAGCCAUCUAGCAAAACACAGCGGUGAGAAACCUUCAUGCUAUCUUAUUACACGUGUUACAAGUGUCCUAAACUGAUGUCUGAAAGUAAGCUUCCUCACAGUUUUGAGUGUGCACUAAUGUGGUUUUAGGUCAAAGUCUAUUUGUAUUUCUGUUAGUUUUCAAGUGGCUGCAGUACUUAAACUAUAGUGUCACCUGAGGGAUGAACUGAACUGAAACUGAACUAUUUGUAUAUAAUUCUUUAAUAAGAUAUAUUUGUAAUCAGCUCUUUAAUAUUUUCUUGAACUGUGUGAUGUAUUGAUAACACAGUAGAAAAUCUCGACAUAUGUGAUAACACUGUUAGCAUCUGUAUGUGUUACUUUGCUUGUAAAUUGGUACCUAUCAAAUGGAAGCAACGAAGACAUGUACAGUACAGCAAAGAUCUCGAGUCCUAUCGGGCAGUGGCAGAUAAUCUACAUCACUGAUAUGGAGAACCAUAUAGCUUGUUAAAGAAAUGCUCUAUGAAUGUCAAGAAUAUAGGAUGUUUCACAACCAGCAAAAGAUGAGUUAUCAAUUUUUUCGGUUGAAUAGCCGAGCAUGUGACUUUGUGCCGACAUCGUCGAAAAGUUUGAGCUUCAUUAAGAAUAACACAUGAACAAUCAGUGUUACAGUAACAUAUAAUGAAAGACUGUUAUGCAUAUUUUAAACACUUAUUCACUAACCUAUACAGUAUACAGCAUCUGUUAGUACAUGCAAUAGUAAAUUGAUGAUUAUGCUUAAUCUGUGUUAAAGAUUGGUCAUUACUUAUUAACGGAAUUAAUUAUAAAAUGAAUAUAAUAUAUGAUAAUCUUGUAUGACACAAAAUAUAAUAUCCAUGACUAAUAGAUAACACAGUUUUGUAGCUUUUAGGCAAUGAUAGACAUAGAUAACACGUGCUAUAUGGAGCUCAUUUAAUUCAAUAUAUUUUCAUUCCUGGCAAGGAAAAGGAACUAAGAAUAUUAAAAUUAAAAGUUAUGUUAUUUUU